AUGACCUACAGCUUCACAGCAGCCCUCUCAAAUACAUUGCUUCUGUCGCAGGUCGUACUCGGUGCUACGCUUACCGCUCUAGGGGCUUCAGAAUCUAGCCAUGUUCUCAUAACUAUCUUCGGUGUCUUGAACACCAUCAUCGCCGGCCUGGUGGCUUACCUGAAAUCCCGCGGCCAGCCCAUGCGAGCCCGCAUGUUCCGUGAUGAUCUUGAGCAUGUCGUGGAUGAGAUCGAGAAUAGUAAGACAAUGUGGCUUGGUAUCAAGAAAUCUGUCCACGGAUAUGAUGAAAUUGACGUGGAUGAUAAGAUCAGUGUGCGCAGUGAGGUCGCAAGGCUGACUCGCCUCUACGAGACGGCGGUCAAGAAGUAUAUGCAAAACAACCCGGAUAUGUACAGCAUGGGAGGCGGCAUGCUUGACGCAAUCACCGGUCUCAGAGCAAGGCCGGGAGCUGGAGCUCAGCUUCCUCCCGUUGUAAACGCUCCAGAUGCGGGUGCUGCCACCACUGCUGUCCCAGCGCCGUUGGCAGCAAGUCCUGCGCCUGCAGGAGACGCAGACGAAAGCCCGGCGACCGCGAAGGAUCCUGCCAAGAAUGACAAAAGUGCAGAAGAGAGUCCUGCCACUGCAAAAGACGACACUAAAUCAGAUGACAAGGGCAAGGAGAAGGACGAGUUGACUAACCCCACUGCAAACGCUAAUCAACAUGACGAUGCUGAUGCUACAGCCGGGGCUACAUCGAAAGAAGGUACAGAACAGGCUGAUUCAGAGCCCGCUAGCGCCCCUGUGAAAUCGAACGAGGACGAUUUACCUAGCAAAGAUGAUCACAAUGGUGAUGGCGAGGCUCCAACAAAGCCGAAAGACGAUCCCGUCAAUGGGAAGUAA